GCAUGGCCAAACGUCGAUAGUCCAUCGUCGAUGUCUUCGAAAAGUCGUCUGGUGGCCAGUUUCGUAUGUCCUCCAACAGGCGAGGAAUUGAACAUGGCGUACGCCCCGUCGAUUGUAAUGGCGCUGAAGGAACUUCAGGAUAACCUCGAUACCUCAAAGCCAGAAUCACUUCCGUACGACCAUGAAAAGCGACAGUGUGACGAUUCAUAUGACGUUGAACGAGAACUGAAAGCACUUAACUUCAUUUUGAAUAUGUUUCGAGACCUCGGCGUGCCUCAGAGCGCCCUAAGCCUGUUUCACUGUAUGAUUAGCAAUGGCAACGACACCGAUCUGUACCAGUACGUCGGCACGAGCUCGGUAAAGCGUCGGCGAUUUCUGGAGAGGAGGAAACACAUUUUUCUGCUAGGUAAUGCGUGAGU